AUGGCAAAAAUCUUCACAAAAGAGGAAGUGAAGGCACAUAACAAGCCAGAUGAUCUGUGGAUUGUUAUACAUAAUAAGGUGUAUAACGUAUCAGCGUAUCGUGAAGAGCAUCCUGGAGGUGCGGAAGUGUUGAUAGAACUAGGAGGUAUUGAUGCUACUGAAGGAUUUGAAGACGUCGGUCACUCAGAUGACGCAAGAGAGCUUUUGGAGCCUCUUCUCAUUGGGGAGCUCCCCGCAAAUAGCGUCGAGGCCUACCGGCCCACUUUCGAGGUAGUUUCCACCGUUAACGAUCUUCGUGAGAAUAAAGGGGGUUCGUCAGUGCUGCGCACAGCUACGAAGAUGGUCUCUGUAAUCAUGCUUGGGGCGGGAGCAGCCAUAUACUACGGAAAGAUGCCUAGGAAACUUCCACAUCUUUCACUCGAUCAAAUCAAAGCGCUCUUACCAUCCGGUCCAUCCCAAACCCCGAAUAUGCCUGGAGGCUUUUGGAAAGGUUUCGUGGUGGCUGCAGUUAUCAAUGGCAUCACAGCGGUCGUAGGAUUGCUUCGCUUGGAGAAAAUGCUGGACAUCCAGAAGGACUUCCGAAAAUACGCUGCCCACAAAGUUGCGAUUUCUGAGAUACGCGCUCCCAAGAAACCCAUCCACGAGCCGGUGCUACACCCUCAAGAAUAUCGCAAGUUCCCAUUAGUUCGCAAGGAUACACUGUCGCCAAAUGUGUACCGUUUUGUUUUCAGCCUCCCAGGUGCACAAGAUGUCCUUGGACUGCCCACAGGCCAGCACGUUGCUAUCCGAGCUGAAAUCAAUGGAAAGAUGGUCAGCCGAUCAUACACGCCAACAUCGAAUAAUUCAGACUUGGGACGCCUCGAAUUAGUCGUCAAGGUGUACCCAGGUGGUCUCAUUACCAACUACCUCGCCUCGUUGAAGCCACAAGACUUGGUAGAAUUCCGCGGGCCUAAAGGGGCUAUGAAGUACCACAGAGAUCUCUGCAAGAAUCUCGGAAUGAUUGCCGGCGGAACUGGGAUUACUCCUAUGUACCAGUUAAUCCGAGCUAUUUGCGAGGACACGGAAGACAAUACCAGAAUCAGCCUGCUUUACGCCAACCAAACUGAAGCCGACAUCCUACUCCGCAAGGAAUUAGAUGAUUUUCAACGCCAAUUUCCGCACAAGUUUAAUGUCUGGUAUGUAUUGAACACUGCACCUUCCGGGUGGAAGUACGGACAGGGAUUCAUUACCAAGGAUAUAAUUCGGGAGAAGCUGGCUGCGGCAUCACCUGAUACAAAAGUCCACCUUUGCGGCCCGCCACCUAUGAUCAACGCCAUGAAGAAGAAUUUGAUCGAGCUGGGAUUUGAUGCUCCAGGUCCUAUCAGCAAAGCGAAUGAUCAGAUUUUCAUCUUUUAGCGAUGUUCUCGUCCAAGGGGGAGUACAAGGAAUGAGUAUUUGGUGGACUGGAUUGCCUUUGUAUAUUUUCGUGAGUGGCGCCUCGAAUGGUGUAGGUAGUUUGGUGUAAAUAGGCAAAGUGUAUCAUAAUCAUGACGAUGGAGAAUGAUCUAUUUUUCUCAGC